UUUUUAAACAUGCGCGAGUGAAAGAACUGAGAGGUUGUGUGCGCAGUGAGCGAUUGUGACGAGCUGCUGUCAUUCAUUUCAUUUCAUUCUUGGUUAAAUGGUUGUGUCGUUGUGUAGUCACGAGACCAAUGUAAUCCAAAAAAUACGUCUCUUUGUAUAUUGCUAAAAAUCACUGUGGUAUAGACUAAAUCUGUGUUUCGUGUGUAUGGAUUUCAUAAUGAUGGAGUCGAUACCAAUUGUGCGAUUGUGAAUGGCUGGUGUCAAAGUACAAAACAACUAAUGAAUGAUGCAGUCUAUAUUCUGGACAGGCAGAGUGCUAUCACGUGCUAUAAGAAAUGGACUCGCUAAUUUCUCCAGUGCUACUGAGUUCAAUGUUUGUAAGAAACAUCCUUAUUUAGUGUCUGUAGUAUGUGGAUUUCCCAAAGACAUUGCUAAUGGAAGAACACGGAAAGGACAGUUCGGGGACGACGCAUGGUUCUCCACUAACUUCAGCAAUGCGGAUGUUAUUGGAGUCGCAGAUGGAGUUGGUGGGUGGCGUGCGUACGGCAUUGAUCCGGGCGAAUUCUCCUCGUAUCUCAUGAGGACUUGCGAGAGGCUGGUGCGGAUGGGUCACUUCAAACUUUCAGAGCCCGGGGACCUGCUGGCCAAGUCCUAUUAUGAGCUUUUAGAGCACAAAAAACCUAUACUGGGAAGUAGCACAGCGUGCGUAAUGAUCUUAGACCGGAGCGAGAGCGUAAUGCGGGCAGCUAACAUCGGCGACAGCGGUUACAUGGUUGUACGUUCUGGACGAGUGGUGCACCGCUCACAUGAACAGCAGCAUUACUUCAACACUCCCUAUCAGCUCAGUCUGCCACCUCCGGGACACGACAGGAACGUCCUUAGUGACAGGCCGGAAUCUGCAGAAACAUCAGAGUUCCCCGUGGAAACAGGAGACGUGAUCCUGGUGGCAACAGACGGAGUAUUCGACAACGUACCCGAGCCGGUGCUAGUAGCUGAAAUGAGACGGGCCCAGGAGCUGGCAGGGGAUCCCCAAAGAUUACAGGCUGUGGCCAACUCCAUAGCUUGGAUGGCCCGUAAUUUGUCUUUUGAUGGCUGCUACAUGUCGCCUUUCGCAAAGAGUGCACGACAGAAUGGCAUAGAUGCUAUAGGAGGAAAACCAGACGACAUAACGGUGCUACUUGCAAUUGUAGCGCUAUGAAAAUGUCCUCAUGUGAUGUACGUAGAUUUUAGGCACAAGUCCUCUGGACAUACCGUCCUUCUCCUGACAAGUGACAACUGUCGUAACUUACAUUUGGCAAUAUUUUUUCUGAGCGUAUUUUUAGUUUAGGACAAUCUUGACCUGUAAUUCGUUCUAUCGUCAGUACUCGUUGGAGUACACAGAUGUAUACAAAAGGUAGACGUGUAGCGAACAAUGGAAAAUGUUCUGUUUGAAAACUUUGUAAGUUAAUCUUAGUUACGACAAAUAUGUAGGGGGAUGGUAAGCAAAAAUUUAAAUAGUAGAAAUUAGUUAUUACACAACGACACCAAAAACUUGCGAUUUUAUUUUUGGUCAACUUGUAAUUAUUGUAACUAGGCUACUUUCACAUUGUUUACUUUGCAAUUGUUAAUAAAGCAAUAAAUUACUAGUUUCUUAAAGGUCACACAAUAACAUCGUGAUAAUAGUAGGAUCUGAUUUCGAUGGUAGAUUUUAUAGAUACGAGUACUUGAUGAGGCAAAAGAUAUUCAAUUAACAAUUCACUUUGAACUAUCACACACCAGCUUCAAUAUUGGCACAAUUCAAUAAUGGUAAACGUAAUAAGUAAAAAUAUAAUGGUUAUGUUUCCUAAUAAAUACCCUACCGAUCUGAAGUGACAUUUUUUUUAUUCUUGUAUUUUCGCGGUCAGCUUUGGUGCCAACAACAAAACCUAACUUUAAACUGAUCGAUUUUGAAAUUUCUUUAUUAACAAAGUUACACGUAAAUGUUUUACAAUUAACAUUCGUUCUUAUAUCUAGUGUUAUUUUUAGACUAAG